GUGCCACACAUACCGGUCCUACUAAUCCCUGGAUCCUCAGAGAAGGAGGACCAUGAUGAUUUCUGGGACGGUGUUGGCACGGGGAAUGUGGCGCCAGGGACCUGUUGGAAAUGACAGCUGAAGAAGGCGGAUUGAAGCACAGGGAUCACAAUAACAGUAAACGUAGAAGAUAGCGAAGAAAGUCCCUCCCGUCACUGUGUAAAGGGGUUGUAAAGAUGGAGUCCCUGAUGAGUGCGGUGGCGCCGCGCUCCCCAGCCCCCGCCAAGAAGCUGUCAGAGGUGGACUUCCGGUCGGGGGCCACCUUGGAGCAGUUGUCAGCCCAGGUGUCUGAGCUGGUAUUACUGGAACAGGGAGAGUUCAGAGACCAGACCGCCUUAGAGGUUCACACCGCCAAGGACUUUAUCUUCAACAUGCUAGGCUUAGUCCAAAAGGUAGACCAGCGCCUCCCGGUGGCCAACGAGUACCUGCUGCUGUCUGGCGGGGCCCGGGAGGGAGUGUUAGACCUCAGCCCCGAGGACUUGGGUGACUACGCAAAAGGGGCCGACUUUGACCUGGACUUCACCCUGCUGGUACCCGCCCUCAAGCUCCAUGACCGCAACCAGCCAGUGACCCUGGACAUGAGGCACUCACCGCCCUGCCACUCGUGGCUCAGUCUGCGCCUCUGCGACUCCAACGUCAUGUCCCGCUGGAGCAUCUGCUGCCAGGAGGAGAACGGGUUUCCUCCUGAGGAAGACGAGGAGGAAGAGCAAGAAAUGAGUAAAGGCUCUAUCCCCUCCCUGGACUCCCCUCAGUCUCUGGACGGAUGCUACUUCUCUCCCUCCCUGGUGACAGACUGGUUCUGGGGGGUGGUGAGCGAGGCUGUGGAGGAGCUGAGACGCAGCCCCCAGAGAGGGAUUCCCAGCCCGGACCGACUGGAGAGGAAUGGUCCCCUCACCACUAUCAUCCUCCAGGCCGGCUCCAGCCGGGUGCUGUACGACCUGCUGCCUGUGGUGUCGUUUCGUGGCUGGCCUGCAGUGGCUCAAGGCUGGCUGACCGCCAACCACUUCUGGGAUGGUAAAAUCACAGAGGAGGAAGCCAUCUCUGGCUUCUAUCUGCUGCCCUGCUGCUCCCCGCUGGGCGGUCGGCCCGACAGGGAGUGGAGGCUGGCAUUCUCACGUAGCGAGGUUCAGCUGAAGAAGUGCAUCCCUUACCCCAUGGCCCAGGCGUUCCAAGCAGCCAAAGCCGUGUUGUCUCGUAUCCUGGCUCGCCCACGUGCGGGACUCAGCCUCUAUCAUCUGCGGACCCUUCUCUUCUGGGCCUGUGACCGACUUCCUGCCGCCUAUCUAUCCUGCACCGAGGCCGACACCCCUGGCCGCCUCCUCCUAGGCCUCCUGGAUGACCUGGCUCAUUGCAUCCUGGGUAAAAACUGCCCCAACUACUUCCUGCCCCAGUGCAACAUGCUGGAACACCUCACAGACAGCCAGGCUCUGCUCGUUGCCAGGAAACUGGCCCACGUGCGCUCGGAUCCCAGCGAGCACCUGCGGGCGGCCCUGGACCAAGCCCAGCAGGUGGGCCAGCUGAAGAAGGAGCUAACAGCCAGCACCAACGGCCACGGCUCCCCCGGGCACCACCCGGCCAACGGCAUCAUCUCCCCCUCGGAGGACAAGCUGGCGCAGCGGCUGCAGCAGCUGGUCACCGAGAACCCUGGGAAAUCCAUAUCGGUCUUCCUCAACCCGGAUGAUGUCACCAGGCCACACUUCCGCAUCGAUGACAAAUUCUACUGACGCAGACGUGCUGCAGAGAAGACAGAGACGACAGGGUUUUUUUUUUCAAAAUCCUGCAGGCCUGGAACUGAACCCACUCCUCCUGUUCCCCAUCCCAACGCUGAACAAUGCAACAAAACGCCUUGCUGCUUGACUGACUCUUCAAACCAAAAAACACACUUGUCCUGUUACUGACAAAUGACGCAGACGUUGCUCAACAGACGUGAUGUCACAGAGCAGUUGCCACGGAGACGGCCCUCUCCUAACGAGCUGGCCUUAACAAGACUUAUCAGCUGGUGCUACCAAGACAAGGGCCGGCUUUAGUGGUGUGAAAUAAGUCCAAUGGAGCUGUGUGUGUGUGUGUUUGUGUGUGCUUGCGUGCGUGCUUAUGUACGCCUAAGGGGGAUUCACAUAUUACUUACACUUCUAAAGACGGAGGGAGAAAAUCUCCUUGAUUGCUGCAUUUCUCUCGUUUUUAGUUCAGAUCAGAGCGGGGCCGUGGCUGAUUUAGAAAAGAAAAAUCCAGGUGUGGCUGAUGUAACUGAAUGUAAUGUUUGGAGGCGAACUGCGGAGUUUGAACAAGGAGUCUUUUCUCUGUCAAAUACAUUAAUCUCCAUGCCUCGAUUUAUGGCAUCUUUUUGAUUUCAAAAAAUCUUUCUCAGGUAUUCAUAAUGCUUAUCCGUUUUUGAUGUACACUGUAUAAUUCGUAAAGGUCUUAAACUCUAUUUCAAUGGCGCUUACAUUUCAUUGGGUAAUGGAAUGUACCAAAGAGUUGCGUUUGAGCGGUUUUGUAAAGAGAAACAUUCCUCUUACAUAUCCUAAAUAUAGAAUGUUGAUUAACCCUUCCUCCUUCUGAGAGUCUGCUCACAUGAGCAUUAUAAAAUGGCGAAACUUUGCAGCAAAAUCAAUUGAUUCCAAUGGAAUGGGUGGCGAUUAAGUGGAUUUUCUUGCAAGGCAAAGUAAAUUCUGACUUUAGAGGGAGUACAUUAGAGUCAAACAUGGAGGAAGCUAUUCGCUUAUUAGCUGUUUUGCAUCAUCCAGUUAUAUUUAACCUCCUCUGUUGGAGUACAUUCAGCCCCUCAAAAGAGGCUGCGCAGACACUUUGGAAACAGGAGUCAAUAGCCAUGUUUCCAUCCACACGUUUUUAUGCGUAUUGAGUAAUAUCGAAUGAAAAAUGCCUCAUUGAAACAUUCAAAUUCACAAUUUGUAUGUUUGUUUUGAUCAUCGGAUUUUCUCUUCACGGUGAACGGCGUUAUUUGCCGAACAUAAAUAAAUUGCGGUCGUUGUUGUCUUAUUAUAGGUUGAAAUGUUGCUAUCAGUCGGCACAUAAGCACUGGUACAACUUGUGCAAUAUUAAUCAUUUGUAGGUAGAUGGUGCGAUCCAUUUUGGCCAGCAAAGCUUUCUUUACAA